AUGUCAGCUGUUUCUCUUUGCACCCUUUACACUCCAACUCUCCUUCCUUUCUCUAAGCCCCACAAAACCUCCGCUCCUAUAUUUUCCCAAUCCGCAAAACGAUGUCGUAUCAUCACCUCCGUUGCAGAGGAUCGUAAACAAAUUCCGGUGGUGUCAAAUGACAGAAAAGUCCUUCAGCCUUCUCCGCCUUCCAACGACAACACAGAGGUUGUUAACGACACUGAUAUCAUCACCGGACGUGCCGUCAAUGCUGCCAUCGUUUUGGGAUUUGGGGCUUUUGCUGUCACCAAAUUGCUCACCAUUGACCAUGAUUAUUGGCAUGGUUGGACACUUUAUGAGAUACUGAGGUAUGUGCCUGAGCACAAUUGGAUUGCCUAUGAACAAUCUCUGAAAGCAAAUCCAGUUUUAGCUAAAAUGGCAAUAAGCGGAGUUGUUUACUCAAUUGGAGAUUGGAUUGCACAGUGUUACGAAGGAAAGCCUAUUUUUGAGUUUGAUCGGGCGCGACUAUUCAGAUCAGGUCUUGUUGGAUUUACCCUCCAUGGAUCACUUUCUCAUUAUUACUACCAACUGUGUGAGACUCUUUUUCCUUUCCAAGAAUGGUGGGUUGUCCCUGCUAAAGUUGCUUUUGAUCAGACUGUUUGGUCGGCUAUUUGGAACAGCAUCUACUUUGUGGUUUUGGGCUUGUUGCGUUUUGACUCUUUGACUAACAUUUAUGGUGAACUCAAGGCAACAUUUGUGCCCAUGCUUACAGCAGGUUGGAAGCUUUGGCCUUUUGCCCAUUUGAUUACUUAUGGUGUUGUUCCUGUGGAACAAAGGCUUCUUUGGGUGGAUUGCAUCGAGCUCAUUUGGGUCACUAUACUUUCAACCUAUUCAAAUGAGAAAUCAGAGUCCCGAAAAUUUGAGGAAGUAUCAGAAACAAGCUCUUCAACUUCAAGCCAGAAUUCUAAGGAAUCAAACGAGUAA